AGCUCACAGCAACCUCAAACUCUUGGGCUUAAGCGAUUCUCUUGCCUACAGGAAUAGAAAAGAACCUACUCUUCAUGCAGAUUUCUCUGCAGCAACCGGCAGACUGGAACUGAGCCUCAAGAGACAGGUAAAUGUCGCCGCCCGUCCGGCGGGCGACUGAGCAAGGGGGAGUCGGCGUAUGAGAAGAUAAAGAAGAAGAAACGGAGAGGAAAGAAUCACACUCACACACCAAGUAAUGGCGACAGCAGGAGACACCCCAGAUAAGCCUGUGCUCAAGGACAAAAAGAAGCCAGAUCUACAAGAGAUGCUGGAAAAAGUAGGUCUGAGUGUUGAUUUCUGGCUUUCGAAGCUGCAGAAAGACCUGGAUGUGACCUGUGCCCAGGCCUUACAACACCUAGAAGAAAAAGACCUCCAGAAGUUGAAAACUCAGGCACGACAUUCAUGGGAGAAAAAGGCCCUGGAAAAGCUUCUGAACCUGUCAAAUAGUGAGUCAGAGUUACAGAAGUCUCGGAUAGAGAUAGCAAAGGAAAAUCAGAAGCAGGCAGAAAAUGCACUGAAGGACAUGAAGAACUUGAUUUCACAAGGAAAGCAACAAGAGGCAGAGGCAGUAAAGAAAAAAGAAGCAGAACUGAGGCAAGCAACAAAUAUCCCUGAGAAGUGCGGGCCAUCUUCUGAAAAGCCCCUAAGGGAAGUCAUACACGAUAUGCAGAAUCAACUACAACUCAGAGACAUGGCUCUAUCCCAGCAUCAAAAUCUCCCAGAUAAAGAUCUGCUAAGAUGGGUAUCUGGAGGUUUGGCCCUCCAGGGAAUUUACAAAACCACCCACCAAAGGAACUUGAUACAGAAGAGAGAGGAGCUACUCAAAGUCCCCAAAGACUUCUCCCUCUGUGGCCCUCAGCAGGGCACACGGAUGGAAACAGUAGAAUUUAGAUCUUCUCAAGAAGAAUUCAUGUUCACCCAGACAAUAGAGAAACUGGGAUUCAGUGCAACUGCUGCAGCCAAGGGUGGAGGUUGGGGAUUUAGUCUAGAAGCUGUUUUGGGUCACAGCAAACAUUCAGAAUCCAUGAAAACUCAACAAACACAUUGUGAGAAAUCUUAUUUCUGCUCAACCAAGUUCAGCUACAUCCCCCUGGCCUCCUUCCAUUUCUCCAAGGAUCAGCUCCAGUUAUCCGAGGCUGCUCUCCAAGAAUUAAAAUACAUUGAAGACCUUCUGGAUCAGACAACAGACCCUGGAAGAUCCUCCUCACUAAGACAAAAGACUAAAGCCUUCUUCCACAGAUUUGGCUCUCAUGCUAACCAAGGCCCUCUGCACCUGGGGGGCAUCUACUGGUGGAAGGCCAUUUCAGAGGGUUUCCAGAGAGAACAGCUGGAAGAAGUAAAAGAGCAGUCAGCAAAGGCCCUAGAUAUGUUCAUAAGCGGCAGCCACAAUAACGGGGUGGUGGAAGCUUCUGCAGGUAUGAAUGUGUCAAACUCUGAUUCAAAAACAACCUCUCAAAAAAACACUUCCAAAAAUCUCCAAGCCAAAGUCCAAUUAUGUGCAGCCCAGACAGGUGGCCCACCAGAAGCAAAUGGCCUUGUCCAGUGGAGAGCUGGUCUCAUUGCCAGCAAUAGAACCUGGUAUAUCAUUGACCGGGAAAUUCAGCUAGAACCCAUUUGGGAAAUCCUCCCGUUUAGCCACAGAAAUGAUUUUAAGGAUCCUAUUCAGGUGGCCAAGUACCUGGAAGCCUGCUACACUGAUCUAACUAGACCUCCUGCCCACAUACAGGACGAAGAAAAAUUACAAAAUGAUUGGGAAAAGGCGAGGGCUUUUUUACAGGAUGAGAAAUCUUGGGAGAUACCUGAUCGUGAAGAACAGCUUCAAAAGUUGAUGAAUUUCAAGCAAAAAUUGAGUGAUCAAACAGAAAGUUAUGAUUCUUGGAUUAACAUAUGCCUCACAGAUUGGGAUCUGCAGAAUUUUCUGGUAAAUACUGUCGACAUUUGCAAAAAGACUUCCAAUCAUAAAACUGCAUAUAUUAAAUCUCAGUUGCGCAGCCUUCUGGAUCCUCACAUCUACAGAGUAGCAAACUUUCCUCAGGCUCACUCCAUCAUGCAGUGGAUCUUCCAUUCAGAGUCAGAGGAAGAACAUCUCAACAUUUCCCAAUUUUCUGAAUUAAUGAAAGUCUUAAGAAAAAUCCACAAUGACCUCAUGGAAGCAAAGGUCAAAUCAGCAUCCCAAGAAAUACUGAACUCUCAAAGAAAGGCCACCAAUGAGGUCACCAUGGCUCUCAGCUGUUUCUUAAAAUGCCUCCAAGAAACAGAGCAAUCAGACAUACAGCUUUUGAUACUUUCCAUUGCAACUGGUGUAGGGUAUGAUGAGGAAAACAAAACUUUCCAGUAUCCCUUGGGGAGUGAUAAGGUGAACUUCCUAAUAAAUGAAAUGCAAACUGCACAAACUAAAUAUCAGGAGCUCAGAAAUAUUUGCAGCUAUAGGGCUCAGGCAUUCGUGGUACUCACAGGCCUGACAGCCACAGCUGGAGACACAGCUAUUUCUCCAAAAGAGAAAACACAGCGUAUGGCAUUAACAAGAUGCCACCUGAGAAAGUCAAUUACUAAAGAAGUUGCACAUGUUCUCACCAAACAUGGAGCAGAUUGUAAUUGGGGAAACCUAGAGAAAGAUUUAAAAUUGCUCAUUGAUGGAGAUUUUGAAGCCACCAUCUCGUUCUUGCAAAUAGAUGAAGUGCGAAAACAAUUACAGAGUCUUUUCCAGGGAAAGAAACAGCCCCAUAAAACACAUGAAAAUAAAAAUAACAAAUCAGAGGUGAUGGAAAAUGGAGCCUUCCUGGAAUUACUCCAGCGUCUAGGUCUAGAACAUUAUUACCCAAAAAAGAUGAGCAAAGCUAACUUCCAUCUGAUCUACAAGACUUCUGUGUACAACACCCAGCCUAGCUCUGAACAGGACCUUCCCUUCUACUUCCUGCAGAAGCUACUGAUGCUAGAUUAUAAGCUCAGGUACCUGGUUUUCAAAGAUGAUAGAAACACAGAACAACAAGUCUAUUCAAGUGCCUCAAAUCAGGAACAUGAGGGGUUCGAUCCAUAUGAAGACUUUCCUGAAGACUGUGAUAGUGCCAUUAAGCCUUCAGCCACCACACCUAGACCCCACAUUCACCCAAUGGAUAUCCAAAUGGCAAUAUUUCACUGUGCAGAUGAUUUUGCCCGACAGUAUAUUUUGGACAAACUUUCCCUUUGUCAGUUUGCCCUUCCCCUUGUGGUGCCUAAUCCUUGCACUGCUCAAAUUGAAUUUUCUCUCUGGUCUCUCAGACAAAUUAGGAAAAGUUGGCAACAAGGGAAGAAGAACAGUUACAAAAAUCAGCAGAUGUGCCAUGUCUCUACCCCUAUUGUGUCCUUUAUUAGAGUUGGAAAUGGCCUCUUGGCUUCCAAAUCUCAAAUCAUGAACUGUCUUCUCAGUAAACAUAAACAUGAUGUGUUUUUUCACCGACACUGCAGAGGAAGCAGCAAAGACUGUCUCUUGAUGAGGGGUGUAGUAGAAAUCUGUUGGUUCUGUCCUGGGGGGGGAGAAGAGGACAGGUUUGACAACUGUGUGACCUUCACCAAUCUUCGUGGAGAUGCAAAGGAACAUGAGCAGCAGCUCACCUUCCUGAAGGAGGUCUCUUCUCUCAUUGUGGUCCUCAUGUCAUCUUCUGAUCUCAAUAAGGAAAACCGAAAGAUUGUCUAUGACCUGUGCCGCUCAUCAAGACCUUUGAUCUGCUUGCUUGAUGACAAAGAAAAAACCAUGGCCAAUAAUUCUGGCCAAAAAGUGAAAAUUGGCAUCAGGAAUAGAAAUAAAGCAGAAUUAACAGAAGAGCUCACAACUACGAUCAGACGUUUGCUAGAGCUCUCAGGCAGGGCUCUCAGCUUACAGGACUGUUCCCAGAUUGCUCACAGACAAGGAUUCCUUAUUGAUGAAUGCCAGACAGAGUGUAAGGAAGCCAAAGAAAAAGCACAGUUUCUGGUGUCCCAUAUGGGAGAGAUGAAUUUAUCUCAGAUGAAGGUAAACUUACUCCCCCUUCAGGGGCAACUGUGGCACCUCUGGUGUAAGAAGGACAAAGAACUGUAUCACCUGAGAGAAAAGGGAAAUCGAAGUAUUGAACAACAUAGGAGUGAGAUUGAGACAGACAAGCAAAUAAUACGGUAUCAACAGCUGAGUAGAGCCUUUCCUCUCAAUGAUUUAAUGCAAUCUUUCCUUCAAAUUCUCUGUGAACACUCAGAAACUCACACCAAACUCUAUUUCUUGCAGUGGCUGAGUGUGUUUUUAGAUAAUCUGACUGCAGGGCACUUGGAAAAUCUGCCUGAGAAACAAAGAUCUUUGUGGUCACCAGUUCCAACAGAAAAGAAAGAGGCACCUAGAAGGAACUCUCUGCAAUAUUGGCAACAUGAAAUAGACGCCAUCUCCACAGAGUUUAGUGACUCUACCUUGGGAAUUGGACACCUUCUCAGAGAAGUUGGCCAAAUUUAUGAAGCUCUAGAAGAAGCUUUCUCUGCAAAAGAUCCUAUUUUUCUCUCCAUUCCACUAAUUGCUGCAGACCUAAUGAUAUCUGGUAUUCCUCUUGAGCUAAUGGAUGGAGAUGCUUCAUAUGUGCCCUUGAAGUGGAUAGCAGCUGUUUUUGACAAAGUCUCUGAGCAACUUGGAGACAAACGUGUGUUUGUUCUCUCUAUUGUUGGCCUACAGAGCUCAGGGAAGUCCACCCUGCUCAAUGCACUUUUUGGGUUGCAGUUCACUGUGGGUGCAGGCAGGUGUACCAAGGGGGCCUACAUGCAGCUCCUCAAGGUGGAGAAGACAUUCACAGAGGAACUUGGGUUUGAUUUUAUGCUAGUUGUGGACACAGAAGGACUUCGAUCCCUGGAAUUCAGCAACAAAACCCAAAAUUGGGACAAUGAGUUGGCAACCUUUGUCAUAGGACUUGCAAACUUGACUCUGAUCAAUAUUUUUGGGGAGAAUCCAGCAGAGAUGCAGGAUACCCUACAAAUAGUUGUCCAAGCCUUUCUGAGGAUGAAACAAGUAAAAAUCUUCCCAAGUUGCCUCUUUGUCCACCAGAAUGUGGAAGAAGUUACAGCUAAAGAUCAAAUUAUGGAAGGACGAAGGUGGCUAGAGCACAGACUAGAUGAAUCUGCAGCUAUCGCUGCUAAACAAGAACAGUGCCCAGAUGUAACCUGCUUCAGUGAUGUCAUAAAGUUUGAUGUCAAUAGUCACGUCUACUACUUUGCUCACCUCUGGGAUGGGAAUCCCCCAAUGGCCUCUCCCAAUCCUCACUAUAGCCACAACGUGCAGGAACUGAAAAGCAGAAUUCUUCAGAUUGCUCAGCAGGAAUCCAGGAGAAAUAUCAUGAAAAUAUCAGAUGUAAAAUUCCGAGUUCAAGACUUGUGGAGAGCCCUUCUAAAUGAGAACUUUAUUUUCAGUUUUAGGAACACCCAAGAAGUCAUGGCCAUGAGCAAACUGGAAACCAUGUAUAACCACUGGACCUGGGAGCUCAGGAGUCACAUGCUGGGCUUGCAGAACCAGUUGAUCAACCAGAUUCAGAAUGGGAAAAUUCAGGAACUCAAUACAAGCACACUUGAGGCACCAGUUACAGAAAAAUAUGAAGCUAUUAAGCAAGAACUUGAAAAAUAUUUUAAUGAAAACACAGAUCGUGAAAUAUUGGUUCAAUGGAAAGCAAAUUUUGAAAAUAAGCUAAGAAAACUUAAAGAGGAUCUUAUUUCAGACAGUAAAAGAAAAGCCAAUGAACUUAUUAGCUUUAAAAAAGGUCAAGAAUGGCUGGAUAAGAAAAAGACAGGUUAUGAAAAUCAGUUAUUAGAAAAGAGCCAAAAAUGGGCUUUAACUGUAAAUGGUACAGAAUUUAGUGAGGAAGAAUUACAUGAGAAGUUUAAUCAGCUUUGGAAAAAAUGGGUCUAUGAUGUAUCCUCAAAUCUACCUCAAGUCACAGAGCCUGACAUUGAUGUGGAUUCUGAAUGCAUCCUUUUGGAGCAUUUCCAAAAGAAGUUAAAUAUGGUGGACAUACCGAAAACAAAUUCUGGAAAUAAGUUUCAAAUUAAUUAUGAUGAACAUGUAACAGUGAAUAAGAACUAUGGAACAUUAGAGGUCUGUGAUAAAGAAUCCAUUAAGAUGACUACUGAUAACAUUGUUUCGAGAUUUCAUGCAACUAUUAACAACAUUUGUAAGCAACAGUGUGAUUACAGUCCAGUUCAUUUCCAUGAAAUUUUGAGAAUUAUAGAAGAGGAAGUGAAAUCUGCACCUACAGAGGAAAUUUACACAUUUACAAAUAAAUAUCUCUUUGACUUAUCUUGGUGGUUAUUCCAAAAAGCAUCAGAGAAUUUUAAGGAAAUGCAUAGGGUAUUUAAGACAGCGAAUGAUCCUGUAUAUUACCUGGAAAGCAAGAAAGCUGAUUUCUUCAUGAGUUUUAAGAUCUCCUGCCAAGGAGCAACCUCCAUCAAAACAUUUGUUGAUUUUCUGUGGCAGAAGCUCACCCCUGCCAUCACCACCACCAUACAGAAAAACCUGACCACUAAUAUUGCUGGGGACAUGCGAACUACUUGCUCUGCCUUCAAUGGAAACAAGGCAAACCUGGAGAAACACAUUCUCAUCUCUCUGGCAGAAGAAGAGAACUUUGAUAAUUACUGGGAAUACAUUCAUAAGCCACAAUCAUUUUUUAGGAGCUACAUUGAAAAUCAGACUAAGAGAUAUUGUUCAGACAGAGGAAGUAAAAAAAUAGAGACUUUUUUAAAAAUGAAUUUAGACAACAUCAAGAAUCUCAUCCUGUCUUCCAUUUGUGAAGCGACUGCAGUAGCUAAAGAUAAAAAUAGCACUGUGUCUGAGUGGCUAGAUUUGUUCUGUGAUUCCCUGGGAAGCAACUUGAUCUUUCCACGAAAAGACUUGAAAAACAUUGAACACCAAAAGAUAAAAGAUAUGGAGUUUCUCAAAGAAGCCAUGAGUACUGCUCUGGAUCCUGCAAUGAAGGGAGUAGAACAACACUGCUCAAGUAUGCCUGUGGAAACAAUAGUUCCUAAUAUUGAGAAAACCCUCUAUGAACAGCUCUGUGGCUGCUUGAAACAGUGUCCUUUCUGUAGAGCAAUUUGUACAAACACUAUUCCUUACCAUGACGGAGACCACAUUGUUCCAUUCCACCGUCCUCAGGCUGUCAAUGGAUGGUAUAAGGAUACAACAGGCCACUUUGUCAUUGAUUGCUGUACCAGUUCUAUAGAAAGCAACAAUGCAAUAAUUUUGAAGAAUGGUGAGAAAAGGCUGUAUAAGGAUUAUCGGCAGGCAGGAGGAGAUUAUGCCGAAUGGAAAAUUACCACAGAUUUAUCCACUCACCCAUAUUGGAAAUGGUUUGUCUCUCACUUCAGAUCAAAGCUAGAGGAAAAAUAUCAGAAAAAAUUUGAAGGAACAGGUAAAAUCCCUGAUGCAUGGGCAAAUAUCAGAAAGCAGAAAAUGCUAGAUGACUUGAAACAACAAUAAGAAGGGCCAUGAAAGAGCCCUAGUGAAGAGCCCUAUCUGAACAAGAGUCCCAGAACCUGAACAGUCCUGAAACAACUUCUCUUCAUAAUUAGAAUCUUCAUUAUUUCCAUUUUUUAAAUGAAAUGCAUAAAAAUAAAUCAAUCACCAUUUCAAGAGUUGAA